AUGAAACUGAGGUAUCGAGCCCAAGAUACUCCCAAGAAGCUCGAUAGAGCCGGCGAUACUCAGCUGCACCAACUUCAAACGCAAGCUCUACCCACAUUCCGACAGCAACUCAUAGACCUACUGGCAUCGUUUGACGUGUUUGAUUUGGAAGAAAGGGAGUUCAAUCCGAAGCUUGGUCGUACCCUCGAUACCUUAGAGAUACUAUCAAGAAUCACUCCGACGUUUGACGAAAUUAGUGCUUUCGUCCACUCAAUCGCGCGGAUCGCGUUUGACUCAUCCAUCGACCACACCGACGGUGAUUACGGAGAUCUCAAAAAAUUCAGAUCCCAUCUUCUCGUCACCCUAGUAGACCAGUUGCUGCAAGACCCCGCUGGGGAAUUGUUCUUCUUCUCUAAAGAGUUUCUGGAGCUGUGGAACGUCUCGAUGAAGAUUAAUCGUAAACUCAUGUUGAAUGGUGAAGUCGACGAGCUAGCCGAGUACAAGGAGAGGAUGAUCACGGCGGUAGCUAAUUCCUCCGAGCUCAUCGAUACAAUCAUUCAUUCUUCCAAGCGAUCUGAUUUCCGCUUCCUUCAAGACCAUUGUCAGCAUCUCGUCAGUAAUCUCGAAGAGUGUGUUAAUUACGUCCGUCACCAGAUCUACUCGCGCUCAGAACCAAGCCACGGCCCAACCCUGGACAAGCUCACCAGCUCCUCCCAACCGCUCUCUCUAAGAUCACUCAUUGCUCAACUUUUCGAAUCCGCGUUACCGCUCUUCAAACUAGUCAAAAUCUCCUUCAACAGACUACUAGACAAGAAGCCACCCUUCACGAUCAACACUAGAAUAACUUCGGGUGAACUCCAGACAUUGCUUAACGAAAUCAGAAAUCUUGAUUCGUGGCUUAUGAAAUUGAUGAGGAAUUUGACGUGGAUGUACGAACGAAAUGACAUCAACUAUCGGGAGGAAGAUUUUGUUCGGAUAGGCCAAAUGAUCUCGGUUGAAUUUAAUUCCUCCUUGUCUUCCUUGAGCUCCCUUCUAAUCCCUACCCCCGGAACUCCUCUCGACUGUGGUUCAUCCGAAUCAUCCUUUUCAGUAAUCAAAGGCCAAGUCGCACCGGCUGUGGCAACUCUCACACAUGCCAUCGACAGGUUUGAAUUAGCCGUUCAAAGAUUAUCCAACUGA